CUCCUCAGAGAGAGAGAGACAGAGAGACAGAGAGAGAGAGAGGGGUGUCCACAGGCUGCGUGCAUCUCCACUGAAACGGUUGGAACAGGGGAGACCGAAGAAGAGCCGAAUGGUUCCAGCUGCGCCCUGCGCCCGCACGCGUACAGACUCUGUGACAAAGGCUGUCAGUUAUUAGUAUUUCUUGGCAAUAACAACGAGGUGGGAGUGUGAAAUCGAAGGGAAUAGAUACGUGGGGGGAGGGAGGGGGGGAAGAGCCAGUUUCCAGGGGGACCUCUGCUUCAUUUUCCAACCCGACAGACUCCGCAUCCCUCCGCCACCAUCAGCAUGACCUAAGUACCAAUCGGCAAUAAAGCGAGAUCUUCAGCGACAGACAGACACGCGCGCGCAACCAACCCUGUUUUUGGGGGGGGGGUUAUUAUUAUUAUCGUUACAGUAAUAAAUCGUGGAGGGGUGGGGGUAAAAAAAAAAAAAGAGAGACCAAGUGAAAGCUUGCGAGAAAACCUGGAUGUACUCCGUGAAAUCGCCAGAAAGAGCGAUCUAACAAAGAAAACUACAUUGUGAUUGAUCGUUCGGCUUCAUGUGCCGCACGCACUCGAAACGAACCUGAGCCAGAAGCGAACUCCUCCGACUCCUCCCUCCUCCUCCUCCUCCUCCCUUCGGUCUCUCUCAUCCUCCUCCUCCCCCCCCCCCGGUCCUCUAUGCUCAGUUCGGUGUGUGUAUCCUCUUUCAAAGGGCGCAAGGGUGGGAACAAGUCGUCCAACAAAGCAUGUUACAGCGCAGACAUGACUUGUCCGUCGGAGAGCGAGAAGAUCGUGAUAAACUGCGGGGGGGUGAGGCAUGAGACCUACCGGAGCACCUUAAAAACGCUGCCCGGCACCCGCCUGUCGUGGCUCACCGAGCCGGACGCGUUCAGCAACUUCGACUAUGAUCCCAAACUCGACGAGUUCUUCUUCGACCGCCACCCGUCGGUGUUCUCCUUCAUCCUCAACUAUUACCGCACCGGGAAGUUGCACUGUCCCAACGACGUGUGCGGCCCGCUCUUCGAAGAGGAGCUGGCCUUCUGGGGCAUCGACGAGACGGACGUGGAGGCGUGCUGCUGGAUGAACUACCGGCAGCACAGGGACGCGGAGGAGGCGCUGGACAGCUUCGAGAACCCGGAGCCGGACGCGCCGGACGACGACCCGGCGCUGGGCGGCGCGGAUGGGGACUUGAAAAGACUGUGCAUGCAGGAGGACGCCAGGAAAGCGGGCUGGUGGAAAACCUGGCAGCCGAGGAUAUGGGCACUCUUUGAAGACCCCUACUCCUCCAAGUACGCACGGUAUGUGGCAUUUGGCUCCCUAUUCUUCAUCCUCAUCUCCAUCUCCACUUUCUGCAUGGAGACGCAUGAGGCCUUCAACACCAUCCUCAACAAGACAGAGAACGUCACGGUGGGCAACACGACACGUGAGGAGAUUGUAUACGAAGUGGUGACUGACAGCUGGUUGACAUACGUGGAGGGUGUGUGUGUCAUCUGGUUCACCAUUGAGGUCCUGCUGCGUGUCACCUUCUGCCCAGAUAAAUUGGAAUUCUUCAAGAGCACCCUCAACAUCAUUGACUUUGUCGCCAUCCUGCCCUUCUAUCUGGAGGUGGGCCUGAGUGGCCUGUCCUCCAAAGCUGCCAAGGAUGUCCUGGGGUUCCUCCGUGUUGUCCGAUUUGUCCGUAUUCUCCGAAUCUUCAAGCUCACCCGCCACUUUGUGGGUCUGCGUGUCCUUGGCCACACUCUUCGUGCCAGCACCAAUGAAUUCCUCCUGCUCAUCAUCUUCUUAGCCCUCGGUGUCCUCAUCUUCGCCACGAUGAUCUACUAUGCUGAACGAAUUGGCGCAGACCCAGAUGACCCAACAGCCAGCGCCCACACCAACUUCAAGAACAUCCCCAUUGGAUUUUGGUGGGCCGUUGUGACCAUGACCACUCUGGGUUAUGGAGAUAUGUAUCCAGAGACGUGGUCAGGGAUGCUUGUGGGUGCGCUCUGUGCCUUGGCUGGUGUGCUGACCAUUGCCAUGCCUGUACCUGUCAUUGUCAACAACUUUGGCAUGUACUACUCUCUGGCCAUGGCCAAACAAAAGCUGCCCAAAAAGAAGAACAAACAUAUCCCACGAGCACCACAACCAGGGUCCCCCAACUACUGCAAGCCAGAUGCCCUUGCUAUGGCUACUGCAUCACCGCAAAGGCUCUUGGGAAAUGUUCUAGGUGGAGUGAUGGGGUCUGGAGGCCUAGGGGGUGACUGUCCUCUCGCCCAAGAAGAAAUUAUAGAGAUUAACAGAGAUUCCAAGCAGAACGGUGAUGCAGCCUCAGCCGCUCUCGCUAACGAGGACUGCCCCACUAUUGACCAGGUCCUGAGCCCAGACGAGAGGAGCCCUAUUGGGCGCGGGCCUACUCGGGAACGCUACCAGCAGGACCGCGCCUGCUUCCUGCUCAACACCAGGGAAUUCCGUGCCACAGAUGGGAAUGUGCGGAAAGCAACGAACUACGAGAAAUCUCGCAGUCUAAAUAACAUAUCGGGUAUGGCUGGGUCAUCAUUGCGGCUUGCUCCUAUCACUAGCCCACCCUUUGACACCUAUGAGGCUCCAGGACCACUGCGUCGCUGUCGUUCCCCCAUUCCGUCUAUUUUGUAGCUGAACGGAUGGUUAUGAUUGGAUCUCGAGAGAGGCAGUGGAUUUGCUAUGAACUUACCGCACUGAAGCCUCCGUUAGGAUUGUACAACGUGUGAAAACAAUAGCAAUAACAUAAAAUGAACUUGAAUGUCAAAAGAAUGACCUCUUGUCUUGUGAAUCCAAUGGUUUAUGAUGCAUGUGUCAAGUUAGCUGAUGGGGUCAAAAUCAAAUUUUUGUUUUAAAGGUGCACUUAUUUAAAAUGAUUAGAAUAAAUGUGAAGAAAAACGAAUUGGUUAGUAAAUGAAAUAGAAGCAGAGAUUAAAAAACAUUUACAUUUUAAAACAAAGUGUGUAGAUGGACCAUUUUUGUGUUUUGAACCAAACAAAACUGAGCUCACAACACUGUCCAGAGAAACAACUCUUGUUGACCAUGAAACAACUACUUUUGUUAAUUUAGCCAAAGACAAAAAUACAUUUAUAGAUUUGAUUGAUGUUGACUAGGUUUCUACUUUCUGUCUUAUGUGAAUAUUAAUGUAUGUACUGUCUAGAUAUCAUUUUGGUAAUACAAAAUAGACUUGGCCUUAAUAAGUCUCACUAUUAACAAUAAAUCUUGACACUAAUUGUGACAUCACAAUGUCAAAAGUUAAAAAAUAAGUAAAACCUAAGCUUAAAUAAAAAAAACAAAGUAUUGUACCAUAAGAACCAUUUCAAUUGUGCAGCCUAACAUGACGUUUGAAAAUUGUACAUGUCUUGAUUUAUUAUACAGCUGUAGAUAUCCCAUAUAUGCAGUCGUUCCCUCACAUUGUACAGAAAAAGGUCUAUUCAGUAAUUUUGUUUGUUUAUAUAAUCACAAUAUUGAUGCAGUUACAGCAAUCAUACAAAAACAAAUAUAUUUUUUUCUUUUUGUGCCUCAAACGUGAUCACUGUGUGCCAGAGGAGGUUAAUUUAGCGAUAGAGGUAGGUGAACUAGCGGUAGCAUGUCAAUUACUACUGGCGUUAGCUAAUAUAUCAAACCGAUGACUGUGGAUUCACCGAACAGGAGCACAAUUUAGCUAUAGGGUCUUCUUUAUAUAUUAUCUGAUUAAUGAGAGUAAAGACUGAUUUGACCUUUGAAGAUAAACUCACAAGGAUACUCAUGUAAAUCAAAUAUGUACUUGCAGGCCUACAAUUCUUAAAGAAAUUGAAAUGCAGUGUAUUUAGAAAAUGAAUUUAACAAAAAAUUAACUAAAUGCAACCUAAAAGUAAAAUAUGGAUGACAUCAAUUUAGCAAUCAAUUUUCAAAUUAUAUAUUUAAAACAAAUAAAAGCACUUUACUAAUAGUCCAAAUUAAUUUACUAACCUUUAAAUGUUGCAUGUUGGCAAAAGAUACAAAACAUAUCAUAAAACAUCUGAGGCCGCACUAUUAAAUCCAUCGCUAACAAAAAAUGUCUUAAAUAUCUGUUUUGUUUCUUCUUAUUCUUCACUUUUUGUUUUUUUAAAUAUAUUUUUUCCAUUAUUAUUAUAAUUUUUUUUCAAAUGUUUAUCUUAAAUUGUUAAAAAAAUUGAGAAGACUAAAUAGAAAAAUACUAUGAAAAAUAGGACAAUGGUUACUGUAUGACUUUUCCCUUAAUCAUUUAUUAUGAAAUGAUUUAUUAUAAAAAAUCUCUUGUUAUUAAAAGCUGUUAUUUUUUUAACUGAGGACCUUCCUCAUAUGCCAUCCACACAUGACAAUAGAUCUUAUGUUUAAAAGUUGAAGGAAAAACAUAAUGACACAUUCACAUAUGCAAUAAACAUGCAAUAUUACUUUAAUGCUGGGAAACAUGCUGUGCACAUACAUAUGUAAAUACGCAGAUCUAUUUUUAAUCCUAAAAAUGCACAGACUUGGUAGGUAGUCUACUUAUUAUCUUUGAUUUAACAGUUCCGGAUCUAAGUGUCCAAAAAUGUUAUGAUGACAUGAGCCAUUUGUCUUCUUUUAUUUUGAAGUCAAUGUGGUCCUAAUGGUCCUUCAGACUUUUUGAUGUUUUGGCUGCCAUUUUGAAAUUGUUUUAGUUUUCUAAUGGUUUUAUAUUUCCUUCACUUGUAUUGGUAAUGUGUAUUUUUCAUUGUAUUUAAUGCCUUUUUUCCUGUACCACUGAUUGUCUAAAAUAACAUUUUUCAAAAAGAUAAAGUUUUAUGUAACUACCCUUAUGUUCUUAAACAAACAGAAAUGUAGUAAGACUGAAAUCAUUAGGAAAAGGUUUAAGUGCUUUAGAACCAACUAUUUUUUGCAGGGUUUAAGAGAGAUUAUUUCCGUACUUGUUUCGAGGGUCAGGUACUGUACUGAUACUCUUAAUAUAAUAUAUGGUCUUGAUGCCAUUUUGUCUAAAAAUCAAUGUGCUUCCAGACCCAUACACUUUGAGAGCCUAGAUAUGCAGUAUUAUGAUUGAAGGUGAAAGCAAUCACAUCUCUUGAAUAUUUUUUUCAAAAUAUUGAUGACUAAAGUUUAAGGGGUUCAUAAAAGUUGAACUGUUUCAUUUAGGAUAGAUCCUACCAUACAGUCACUGCACGAAGUAAUGCUUAUCUGGCUUCAUCUGAUACAAGUCUUUGAAGGCCACCGCACAUAUUUUCAGACUGAAGUUACUAAUAGUUAUGCAUAUAGGUAAUAUUGUUAUAUUUCACCAUUAUGAUGUCAAAAUAUUAUCAUUAGUUUAUUGUUGUCUGAAAAUAUCUGAAACAGCAUGCAGAACUUUGUUCCUCCAGUGAUAGCAGCUCCUUAAUGUAUAAUGUUAACGUGAACGUGUACAGUUAAAUCAAUGGGAAAAUGCUUGUGUAGUACAUUUUCAAAUUGAUUUACCUGGGUCCAAUCCUUUAAAAUAAUCUUCGUCCACAUCAUCAGUUGGUCUGUAAUUUUUGCAUAACUUCUCACAGUGCAGAAAAACUCAUUAAACUUUUUAAGUGCACAUGCAUACAGUAUAACCUUAGAAUGACUCCACAAUAUGGAUAUCACAGUUUGCAGAUACUCUGAAUUGUCCUUUAAUAACAUAAGUGUGCAUUUUUAGUUACAGUAAAGGAAAAUGUCCAUCCAUCCUAUAAAUCUGCAAUCUGCACUUAAAUUCAAAAAUGAAUGACUAUAAAAGUACCAGGUUUGUUCAUAUGUCCUUUGUAUUGUAUGCAAAUGGAUCUUAAGACUCAUAACGUGUUUCCAUUUAGUUGCAAAGAGUCACAUCCCAUAGUUGUGGCCAAUCAAAUCACCUAUGAGAUUCUGAAGUAAACCUUGCUUAAGUUAACAAAACAGGCAAAUGUUUUAAGUGCCUCUAUGAGGCCCGUUUAGGUUCUGAUGUCCGUUUAGGAGUUCAUGCAAAAGCUGGAUUUAACAAGCUAAACCUUCAAAUCAUUGCUUAAUAGGUCAGUGGUUAUUGAAUAUGUACAUAUCUGUAACAACACGUGAAUAUAUUAAAGUCAUAUGAAAUGAAUACAUCUAUGUACACUUUGUAAUUACAGCAACAGUUUUUAUAACUACUGGUUCUAAAAAAGUUCAAUGGUUUUUCAUCAGAGAGACGUAUGGUUUUAUCCCGCAGAUUGCUCAGUGAAGUGCCAAUCUAACCUAACUACAGCCGGCGGGUAUUCCGGUCAUGUGCACAUGCAAAUAUCUGCAUUUGUUUAUUAUUUCUACUAUUUCCAAAUUUAUAUAUUUUUUUUUAAGCACAACCAUUAUUAAUUCAUCUGUAAUGACAACUUGCAACAUAAAUUCUUGGUUUUGUGUUGUCUGCUUGGACAUGGACAUGGAAUAAAUGCACUUUACUCAACUGAAUAUAAAUGAACAGUAAAUGUAAAAAUUAAAAUGGUUGUUGCUAAUGUAUUCUGAAAGGGGGUGUAUGGUAAUAUACAGUACAAAUACAAACUAACAGAGACAUUCACUUUUAUUUUUAGAUGUAGAAAGUAUAAUCCUUUGACGAUUUAAUAAGUGGAGAAUAUUACUGUUUGUACACCAGUUAAAACCAUGCUUAUAAUAUACACUAAACGAAUGUUUUAUGAACUAAUGUAAUCUUUGGCACAUUAAUGUAAAACAUUGUUGGUAAUUUGGAAAUAAGGAUAGAAACAUUGUAUAGUACACAAUGUAUUGUGGUUUAAAUGUUGUAUCUUUGACCUACAUUAGUCCAUAAGCUCUUAUGUUUUACAAUGCCAGGCCCAUUUGUAAGAACACAGGCUGCUCUGGCACUGAAAGUCUAGUUCAUAUCCCAACAAAGAGUGGUGGGUUACUAUCCAAUAAUGGAUAAUGUCUUUAGACCUGCGCAGACAUAUUUGGAAAAUUACACAGAUUUUUGCAUCUGGCACCACAAGAAGAUCCAGUUUUCAUCCUAAAAAUUACAUUUGAAUACAAUUUUGUUGUAUGUCCAUGGUUAAUGGGUGGGCAGCCAUGGCGGUUUAGAUUAAUAGGUGUUUAUUCCUUUUCACAAUGUAAGACAUAGUUGUUUGGAGGAUGUAUGAGGUCCUUAACUCUCAGUUGACUAACAUUUAAUGUCCUACUGGUCUUUAAAAAGAGGAACCCUGUCUUGCUUGUCUCUGGAAAAAACUACAACUGUACAGUGGACAUUGACAGAAGAGGAGGGUGAAACGAAGAGUGGACAGAAAGAGCAAAUGUGAGAUGAUGGUUGUACUGUGGGUUGACUUGUGCUGAUGAGACCAGUGCAGAAGUGUAAAAUCUCCAAUCUCUUAAAUCUGUAAUGCAUAAUGCCAGCACAUGUGAUUCAUGAACUGUUUGCCGUAACCGUUGGCAAAGAAGUCAAAAUAAUCUACUGUUGCUGACAAACAAUUUAUUGAACCUGCACCUGUGUUUGCAUGAUGCAUAUCUUAAAUUGGUGAUUGAGCUUCUUGAAAUAGUGUCAGCCUAGUUUGUUUUUUUUAAAGCCGAUACUUUGAAAUACGAUGAUCUGUUUUAAAAUGUGAAAACUUUCAUGUACAGCAGUGAGUAUGUUUGUAUGUGUCCAUUUGUCACAAUGUGUUUUUCCAUGAAGUGUACAUACACGGACACACAUGCACACAUUAGUGAAUGAUCAUCAUCUUCCAAUUAACUUUAAUAGGAUAUCUGUACAUAAGUCACUCCUGUAAAGAUGGUGGCUAUUAGUUGAGAGUUGGUAAAGUGGAGAGAAUGGUUCUGGUCAGUUGGUUGGCAGCUUGUUUCAUUCACUCCUGUUAUUUGUUUUUCUAAUAUUGUCAGCCACAAGUUUUAAUGUCACCAUUUCUUGAUUUUAUUAUUUAAUAAUGACUAACGUGCCAACGCUCUGUUUGUUUGUUGGAGACAGACUGUUGUUUUAGCUGUACUAGUGUUGUCAUCACAGUUUAAUAUUGCCCACUUCAUUCUGACAUGCACAGUUUAACCAGCAGUUUACAGGUAAUGGUAAUCCCUGAUAACUUCCCUAUUGCACACAAUGAAACUGUGUUAUGGAAAUCCAUGUUAUUGGCAAAUUCCAAAUAUGAGAACAAGAUUGCUUUAUAUUAUUCAAUCUAGAUACACAUGCUUACUCGUAAUGUUACAAUUUUAGUUGAGUCUCAAUUUCACUGAACAUGAUUUCUUACAAAUAAUGUCUUUUCUCUGUGAACUUAGUAUUAAUGACUCUUUGUUCUUGUCUUCACAGUGUUAAGUUUCUAGCAUUCGCCCUCUCUCUAAUGAGGAGUCAGUAACCGGUAAACACAAAUUUGCGGCGGGAGCCACGUAAGCGACAGGUGUGACACGGAUGGACAGUUUAAAGGAGAUCUUUGGGGUGACGAGAGAGAGAGACCAGAGGUUAAUCAUGAAUUUAAAAAUCAUAUGGUCUGCUCCUCACAAUGUUACCAAAGCAGCCUCUUGGAACUCCGACCACACUUUUGACAGCUGUCAGACUGACCUUGUUGUUUUUCUCUUUUUUCGGCAAACUGACUGAGCAUUGCACUGACACACUUUGGGAGAGAACAGGACUCCUGAUUACACAUUCCAGAUGACAUCUCUCUGACAACAUUAUACUCGCCAUCUUGUAUGAUGACCAACUCAGAACCGUCUACAGUGCUGAACCACUGCACAACUUUACAAGUUUCCGAAAAAAACUCUCCACAAAGGACUGAAUGAACAAUGUAGCAUCUCUGCUAACAUAUUGUAGCAUUUGUUGGCUGGGAAUUAACUUGAUGUAAUUCAUCAUCAUACGUUGGAAAAGAGAGGAAUUUAUGCAUACAAGGGAUCUUUUAGAUGUCAUUUUCCUCUUGGGUUCCUUUCCAGUGAAGAAAAAAAAUUAUAUACAGAAAGUACGUUAGAGACAAAGGAUUGUUCUUACAGGUACUUACACUUGACAUUCCAAAAACAGUGAAACAUUAGAUACAAACAGUGCUUAUGAAAUCAAUCACAAAUGCACAAUAUCUAACACCCAAACCACAAUUCCUCAUUCAAGUUUAGCACUUGUAUAGCGUGUUUGCCACUGAACCUAUGUCUUCCAUUCACCUCUAUCAGACUGAAACACUGCCCUCCUCACAAGUAUUGACAUUAUCAAAAAACAACAUAUGAAGCACAUGUAGCAUCAGCUCCAACAGAUAUAAAAGUGAUAUAACAGUGUAUGGCAUUUACUGUACAUGUAGACUCACCUGAAACAUUCAUCAUAAGAAAAUGAUGAAAAAAGACUUAUCUUUAUCUCUCAUGUACUGCCAGGGGCUAGCCCAAAAAUCCAUGUGGGAUACCAACGGUCCUGUAGCAUGCACUUGCUAAAUGACCUUAAGUAUUUAAGAUUAGGAGAAAUAUUCCAUUUAGGAUGAGCUUUUUUACUCACCCUCAUACAGGCCAUUGUCUCUCCUCAAUACAGUCAUUCCUCUAAAAUAAACGUAUUCCUUUAAAUGCCACUAGCAUACCAUCCAUAUAUGCACAUUUAAAUAUUUUAAGUACUUUUCCCAUGGCUGACUGACACAGUGCUCAGUCUUGAGGAGCAAAAAGACUGACUCAAGGAGACAAAAAUCCGAGGGACAAUUGCCAGUCUUUCUUUAAUAAAAUGGGAUAUUGGUUUGCCUAAAUUAUGAAAAGAACACCCCUAUCACAAAGGCACUUUUUACGUCACAUAAAACUAUCCAUUAGCUGGAAAUUGUGUGUUAUUAUGAAAGGGACCAAUCGAAUAAAUGUUUCCCCGAACACAGAGGCCAACACUGCCAAUUAGGCACAGUAAUCCCGGGUUUACUGUAUACUGCCCCAUCUCUCUCUUGUCCCUCUUGCUGCCAACGACUGCUUCACUGGCAGGUCGAUGUGAAUAUAAGGAUGGCCCAUCAGGGGAGCCCUUAGGCAAAGGGGAAAAAAGAGACAAAAUGGACCAAGAGUAGAGCAAGAGUGGAAGUGUACAAAGAGAACAAAUCUAUAUUUUGAUAAACAAAUCAACUAUCCAUGGCUCUGGGGAAAGUUUCUGAGAAGAAAAGAUCCAGAAUGGAAUGAAGAAAAAAAGAAAAUCAGAUGCAAAUGUGAAUAGAAAAUUUGGCAUCAUUAAAUGGAGUCAAAGUCCUGGAAAAAGAUGGGAAUCGAAUCUUUUGUCAUGAGGCGUGGGAGAAGGUGUUUUCCCCACCUUCACCACAAAAAUGACAAAUGAGCAAUGACAGACUCUUGCCUAUGAAGACAUGGGAAUGACAAUGGAUGGACGCUGAGAUACACAAAUGAAAAAAAAAAAAAGAUAAUGCAUUUUUGUAACUUUGUUUACCAGCAUGAUUACUUUGCAUGACUGUCUUUUCAGCAAGCCCUUAGUUGAAGACAAGGGUGCUAGAGAUACAAAAAAGUAUAUAUAAAAUGAAUUUAAAAAAAAGUUAUAUGCAAUUAAUGUUUUAAAAAAAGAUUAUAAUGAAAGAGAAGAGCUAUAUUUUCUUUUGAAAAGUAAAAAAAAAAAUGUGAAUAUUGAAACAUGUAUGUUUGCAAAGUGCACCCUGAAAUAUGUUUUGUUUGAUGAAAUCUCUCUGCUACUACUGCCAUACAUUCCUUAUUCCAGUUGUUUCAAUUGUUUCACUUUGUGAUGCAUUGAACAGUAUAUUUUCUAACCAUUCAAUCAACAGAGACCAUCCAAGACUUUGCCAAACUAUUGCAUUUGCGCAAAGAAUGUCACGAUUCACAGUUCUUUUUUUGCCUUGAAUCAUUUGCACAACUACCGUAGCAGCAGCAGCAACAGCAGCAGUUCUAAAACAACAGCUCUCCAUACCACAACUUGACUGCUUGAUUAGUACUCUUAGUUUUGCUUUUUUCCCCUUUGGCAAUAAUACAAGAGUUGUCACAUGAUUGUAGCAGGGCAAAUGGAGAACCUCAAGAGUAUCUUCAACGCCUCAGUGUUAAAAAGAUUGGUAAAGGCCUUGGAUGUCCCGCGGCAGGAAUUCGUUGGAAUAGGUAGAUCAGUUCCUCUAAUCCUUUAGAAAAAUAAGAGUACAAGUGCAGGUUAUUGAAAAUGAUCAAUAACAGACUAUGAGAGAUACUGUACAGUUUUGGUUAGCAGUCGAGAGAGAUUCCAGGUUUGCAUGGAACCAACUGCCAUUCCAAAGUUUGUGUCUGGUUUAAGGGGACUCAGGUGUGUUGAUGGUGUGUGCGUGUGUGGAUGUACUGUAGGUGUUUUGCUAUUUUCUUUCUAACAUAAUAAAUUCUAGUAUAUAGACGAUGAUAAUGUGAACACCUCACAGUGAUGUGUAAAAAAACGCAUGCGUUAUGACUUGAUAAUCUCUCGAGGGGGACAUAUCCCCAUAGUCUUGACAUAUCCCCUUAGCCUCCUGUCAUUGUUUGUCAUGAAUCCAGUCCUGAUAACUAUGAACACUGUGCCGUGUUGUAGAGCAGAAACGUCUUCCUCCCAGAGGCAACUGAAAACUCCUCGCACUCACAGUGUCAGCAUGAGUGUGUUAGGUAGCUCUUCGUUUUUUUAAAUGGUCAGGUCUUUGCAUCCAUCAUUACCCGUGGAGUUACCGUCAUCCAGCUGGCUAGUUGGCAGCUCAUUACAGCACACAACACAGUUAUGUGAGCACCAAUCAAAGAGACCCAGAGCUUCCAAAAUGAUGUCAGUGAAGUACUUUAACUGUUAUGGGAAAGAAAAAGAUGAGAGAUACCAGUGUCCACCGAGAUUGAUGGGAAAAAAAAAGUCUUGCUAAAAAAAACAUCUCAUUGUUGAGUGCUCUCUAAGCACCUCAUCCUAGGUUUGGUAUCCCAAGCGAUUUUCAGGCCCUGCUGGUUCAGGGCUCAGCUCAGGCAGCUGAAUGGCCCUUCGUCCAUUCCCGAUGCAUUGUAGUUGGAGGCUCACCAGUAUAUGAGACUCAAUAGUGUAAUGUAGACUACCAAGACUAUUAAAGAAUUGUGUUCGGUCUACGUUGGUUUUACAGGGUCUAGAACUUAUUUUUGUCCAUUGGCAAAAAAUGGUCCAUGGGAUUUUGUUUUGGUCCCUUGUCAAAACUCCCGAUUUUAGUUCCCAUUUUGGAAGGCAUUAAGCAACCAUGGCUUUGAUGGCAACUAAGAUGUUUAUGAAUAUUUCAGAGGUAAACUUCUUUUAGUGGUGUGCGCACUUGCAAAAGGUUUGUGCUUCACCCUGCUGUUUGUGUUUUUACUGCCAAGUACCACUGUCUUUUUCUUUCUUUAUCACUUUUAAGUUUGCCAUUUCUUCAUUUUCUACAUUGUGACUGCUCUGCCAAUGCCAGGCCGAAAAAGAUGUCUUUCCUUUUCUAUUGCAUAAUACUGCCAUUUGAUUUAGUCAUGUUGAACAGAAUGAGUUACAAUGUUGAGAGUGCUAAGUCUGUUUUAUUUCCCAAAGUUUGCAGUCUGUUAUAAAAUGUUGGACUUUUCCUAUGUUACACUCACAUAACCAAAAGAACAAAAAUGCUUUACAUGGUAAGUAGGUGCCACAGCUAACAGCUACUAUGUGUAGUAACAAUAUUAUGUCCUCUCCAGGUGUUUGGCAGGUGUUAUGUGAUCCUUGAAUGACACAUCCAUAAUGAUAUCCUAUGUAUAUUUCUUUAUGUGCCUGUUUCCGUUCUCUUUGUUCUUGUUUUUUAAAAUUGAGGACACGGUAUGCAAUCUGCACCACGAAUGCCACUGAUCGACACUUGCUGUAUGCUCCCUGAGACACAGAUGAUCUGUCAUCAGUCCAGAUGAUUGCAGCCACAUGUGUAGUGGCUUUAUGGCUAUCCAUAGAGUGACUUAGCAAUCACACUAAUCUUAAUAUUUUAUUUUACGUAUUUUAAGUGAUACAACCAGAGUUGUUUUAGAGGAAUUGUUAUCAUACGAAAAAGAUCUUUCUUAUAUAUUUAAUAUCUCAUUUUAAUUAGAAAUAAUGUGAUACACACCAUACCAAUAUACAUGCAUCUAAUAUUACAGACGAACAUCGUACAUUCACGUAAGCAUUCCAAAGAUAAAAGAUGUGUGUUCAUUUUACAUGCCAUUAAAUUGUAUAAAACAGACUUAAGUACUAGUCCAUUGUACUGCGGUCUCAGUAGGAGAGUGAAUGGGGAGAAGAGGUGGUCACUGGAGUAUCUGGUUGUGACUUAUGCCGGAUUUUAUUUUUGAAAUGUUGGAACACAAAGAACAACCCAUUAAGAACUGUAUAAAGUAUAUUUCAAUGGAAUGUUCAUGAUCUAUCUUUUUAUAUUUUGAAGAAAAAAAUAGAAACAUAUCAAUAAAGUGUCAUAAUUGAACAUAUUUCUACUCAUGUGACUUAAAAUGUAUGAAUGUCAAUGUGAUCUAACGUGAACCAAUCUCCAUUGCAGCUUGAAUGAAUAUCUGAUUAACAGUCAUGAGAUGCUUUUCCAGAAACAUUAAAAUUGCUUAAAAUCAUGGAAAUGAACUUAAAAUAAAUGACAAAGUGACAUCAA